AUGGAGUUUGAAGUUUCCCGGGAGAAAUUUCAGCGUGAUGUCGUUUUAAAGGAUCGCUUAAGACGUGGAGCUCUAAUACUGCUAUCAAUAUCCAUAAUAUCCAGCUGUAUUGUAAUAUACGAGAUCUAUAGAGGACGUGGACUAAAGGAAAGGGCAACGGUAUCAUCGCUAUUCUGUACAUUUGGGACCUUUAUACUCGCAUUCUCAGUGCUACACAUAAUCCAUAAUGCGAAGGAAUACAAAUUUGGAGUAAGAAGGAUCGUUUUUGACUAUCUGCUUGCAAGUAUGCUCUUGUAUACCAUCUGUUUGUACAUUCACUAG